AUAAAAUAAACACGUACAUACUGACGGAGAAUGCCACAAGAAGAAGGAAAAGACAUGCGCAGAAUCUGCAUGUGCAUGCGGACAAGGGAGGCAAUAAAAGCACAUCGAUUACAUCGGGCCCGGAGUAGCAACUAUCGCCCAGGCAGUUGUAGCUCUACACAGACAGAGAGAGAGAUGUCAGAUGUGUGCGUAGAGUCGAAAGAUAAGAGGGAUCAGAGGCCAGGAUCCUGCUGGAGACGACGAGCAUCUAGCAGCGAAGGCUGAAGCGGAAAAAUCGCUGCAGCUGAGUUCCAACACAACCCCCACCAUUUGCUUGAACUCCCCGCCACCCCCAACGAACAUCACUCUCGCUUUGUAUGUUCACGGACAGACACACACAUACACUCUCUCUCUCUGUUACUGCAAAACACAGACACAUAAAUAAAAUGUUUCAGGGAUAACAAUAAACGUCACGCCAAUCAGGAAGACAGACUUCCACGGCGAGAAAGUAACUUGUUUUGUCUUAUUUUUUGUUUUCCGUUUUUUUUGAGAGAGGGAUAUUAGACUCUUGUGCUCUGGCGUGAUAAUUCAUGAGGUACCUGAGAGAGAGAGAGAGAGAGAGAGAGAGAGAGAGAGAGAGAGAGGUAACAGUCUCGCACCUUGAACGUUCUGCAGCCAACACCACAUACCAUAAUAUAUAUUCUCGAGUCCUCUGUCAUUUACUCUUUUCCUCUCCCUCCCAGCUCUCUUGCUCACGUUUAUAAGCUCUUCGUAUUUUGCGGGUCCUCGUCAUUUUCUCUUCCUCCGCCUUCCUGGUUUGCUCAGAGACAGACAGAGAGAGAGAGAGAGAGAGAGACUCUGUUACCGGUGGUCCACGAGGGCAGGAUUUGAUGGCUACCGUUGCAGAAAGUAACAGCAGAAGACGUAUUGACGGUGGCUUGCCUGGUGAUCAAAACGACCAACGAGAGAAAGAUGAUUUGCAUACUGCACUGUGGCAUGCCUGUGCGGGCCCUCAUGUCUACAUUCCGCGUGCUGGGGAGAAGGUUUUCUACUUCCCUCAAGGUCACAUGGAACAGGUGGAGGCAUACACCUACCAAGAUGGUGUGAUGGAAAUGCCAAUUUACAAUUUACCUUCCAGGAUCCUCUGCAAGGUUGUUUAUGUUCAUCUAAAGGCUGAAGCUCACACAGAUGAGGUGUUUGCUCAAGUUACUUUGAUUCCAGAGGCAGAGCAAGACAUGCCAAGUUUGGAGGAUGAAAAUGAUGUGUCUUUGCCUCAAAGAACCAGUGUAUGCUCCUUUGUCAAGAAACUCACUGCCUCUGACACGAGCACGCAUGGUGGAUUCUCUGUUCCCAAGCGACAAGCUCAAGAGUGCUUCCCUCCUCUGAUCUUCUUGCAGGACAUGUCUCAGCAACCGUCUGCACAGGAACUGAUUGUCAAAGACUUGCAUGGGUUUGAAUGGUGCUUUCGCCAUAUUUGUCGUGGUAUAUUUAGUAAGCCAGGAUUUUUUUGUAAGUCAAAGCGGCACUUGCUCACCAUUGGUUGGAGUCUCUUUGUGACUGCUAAGAAGCUUGUUGCUGAUGAUGCAUGUAUCUUCCUUAGAGGAGAAAAUGGACAACUUUGUGUUGGGAUCCGCCGUGCAAUUAAACCACUAAAUAAUGCCUCAGCAUCUGUCAUAUCUGGCUACAGCAUGCAACAUGGCAUACUUGCCAGUGCUUUCCAUGCUGUUUCUACUGGAACCAUGUUUACCGUCUAUUACCACCCUUGGACAAUUCCUUCUGACUUUAUCAUACCUGUUAAUCGGUACAUGAAGUUAGCUAAAGAAGUCUAUUCAGUUGGAAUGAGAUUCAGAAUGCAGUUUGAAGGCGAAGAUUUUUCAGAAAAGAGAUUUUCAGGUACUGUAGUUGGUGUUGAAGAUAUAGAUUGUAUUAGGUGGCCUGGUUCAGAGUGGAGAUGUCUCAAGGUUAAAUGGGAUCCCACAUCAGACAAAUUUUUGUGUCCUGAAAGGGUUUCGCCUUGGAACAUUGAACUGAUAGAAUCAAAUAAUAAGAACCCUUCUAUGAUAUUUGAACCAAAGAGGACACGACCAAUUAAUUUAUCAGUGCCUGGGUUUUCCAGUGUGACCAGAGAUGGUUUGUGGUCCUCAUUAUCUUCCACUUUACUUUCAAACUCUUAUUGGAAGGUUUCUCAAGAUUCCAGAAAAGUUUCACACUAUUCUGUAUUAGUCUUUUAUGCCUAUAUCUUUAACUGUAGUUUAUUUUCCGACUUAUGGAAUUCCAUUUUUCUAGUAGGUUUAUUUCAGUAUCUGGUCGAGUAUACAUCUAAAAGACACGAAAGGGUCUUGCAAGGUCAAGAAAACGAGAAAACUAGUGCCCGAGAAUUGGGUGCACAAACUCCACUGAUAUUUACACCUUUGUUACCCUCAACAGAUCCUGAUUGGUGCCACAGAAAAUUGGGGUUAGAGAAUCAUCUAGGUUCUCCAAUACAUGCACAAUUGGAUCAAUAUGGCAGCAAUAUAAUAUCAUCUUCUGGUGGAAAUAUAGCGGUUCCUUGCCCCACUUACCAGUGGCCACCAAUAUUUACCAACAGAGUCUGUGACAAUGUUUCUGUUAGAAGAAACAUUUCAGUCUCAACCACAAGCAAUUUUGGGUCCAAGGUAUUCAGGCCUUCUGAAUCAAGGGAUGAAAAUGACGUGCCACUUGCCCAACCAACUGGCUGUGCCAGGCUUUUUGGGGUCGAUUUACUUUAUAGUCAUCAGGAGCUCCCUUCACCACAAGUUGCCACUUCUUGUGAGCUUUCAAGGCCUCGUUCCUUCCUUCCAACAUAUGAAUCGUGUGUUUCUGAAACCAUCCAGGUUUCAGAGUCCUCUAAGAGUACAUCUGGCGUUCUACAGAGAAAACAAUGUGACAAUCGUUCUUUCAUUAAGAGGAAUUGCACAAAGGUGCUCAAGUAUGGAACUGCUCUUGGAAGAUCAGUAGACCUUAUGCGUUUCGACGGGUAUGAUGAACUCGUUUCUGAGUUGGACCAGAUGUUCGAUUUCAAAGGAAGCUUGAAUGAUGGAAGCAGUAGGUGGCAUGUAAUCUAUACUAAUGGUGAAGGAGAUAUAAUGCUCAUAGGACAUUGCCCAUGGCAGUUAAGAAGCAUACUACUGUCUCAAAUAACAUCUCUUAGAGAAUUUUGCCUCAUGGUGCAAAGGAUAUUCAUCUUUCCAAAGGAAGAAAUUGACAAGUUGAUCCAAACUCACCAGAUCUAACUCCCCUCAAAUUGCUAAUUGCUGAUGUUAAUUAUGUCGUCUUUCUCAUCCAUCUACAUGGAGGGAGAGAGAGAGAGAGAGAGAGAGAGAGAGAGAGAGAGAGAGAGAGAGAUGGUGUCAGUACAUUAUUUGAACAUAGCUAUGCAGAAUAAGUCCAUGUAGUUAAGAAUUGGGAUGAAAAACUAUGCACAAUUUAUAAGUUAAUGCAGCUUUGCUUGCUUUAUGAAUGCUGCAUUAUUGUC